AUGGACGUGUCCGAACUCUGCAUCCCGGACCCCCUCGGCUACCACAACCAGAUGCUGAACCGAAUGUCAUCCGAAGACAGGCACCUGGGCUCUAGCUGCGGCUCCUUUAUCAAGACGGAGCCAUCUAGCCCGUCCUCGGGUAUUGAUGCCCUCAGCCACCACAGCCCCAGCGGCUCGUCGGACGCCAGCGGUGGCUUUGGCAUGGCCCUGGGCACCCACGCCAACGGUCUGGACUCGCCGCCUAUGUUCGCAGGUGCGGGGCUGGGAGGCAACCCGUGCCGCAAGAGCUACGAGGACUGUACUAGUGGUAUCAUGGAGGACUCGGCCAUCAAGUGCGAGUACAUGCUUAACGCCAUCCCCAAGCGCCUGUGCCUCGUGUGCGGGGACAUUGCCUCUGGCUACCACUACGGAGUGGCCUCCUGCGAGGCUUGCAAGGCGUUCUUCAAGAGAACCAUUCAAGGAAACAUCGAGUACAACUGCCCGGCCACCAACGAAUGUGAGAUCACCAAACGGAGGCGCAAAUCCUGUCAGGCCUGCCGAUUCAUGAAAUGCCUCAAAGUGGGGAUGCUGAAGGAAGGUGUGCGUCUUGACCGAGUUCGAGGAGGCCGCCAGAAGUACAAGCGACGGCUGGAUUCGGAGAACAGCCCCUACCUGAACUUACAGAUUUCCCCACCUGCUAAAAAGCCAUUGACUAUGAUCGUCUCGGAUCUCCUGGGGGUUAAGCAGGACAAGCUGUAUGCUAUGCCUCCCGACAAUAUACCGGAAGGAGAUAUCAAGGCCCUGACCACUCUCUGUGAACUGGCAGAUCGGGAGCUUGUGUUCCUCAUUAACUGGGCCAAGCACAUCCCAGGCUUCCUCAGUCUGACACUCGGGGACCAGAUGAGCCUGCUGCAGAGUGCCUGGAUGGAGAUCCUCAUCCUGGGCAUCGUGUACCGCUCACUUCCUUACGACGACAAGCUGGCGUAUGCGGAGGACUAUAUCAUGGAUGAGGAGCACUCGCGCCUGGUGGGGCUGCUGGAGCUUUACAAAGCCAUCCUGCAGCUGGUACACAGGUACAAGAAGCUCAAGGUAGAGAAGGAAGAGUUUAUGAUCCUCAAGGCCCUGGCCCUCGCCAACUCAGAUUCAAUGUACAUCGAGAACCUGGAGGCCGUGCAGAAGCUUCAGGACAUGUUGCAUGAGGCCCUGCAGGACUAUGAGCUGAGCGAGCGUCACGAGGAGCCACGGAGGGCCGGGAAGCUGCUGCUGACACUGCCCCUGCUCCGGCAGACAGCGGCCAAGGCCGUGCAGCACUUCUACAGUGUGAAACUGCAGGGCAAGGUGCCCAUGCACAAACUCUUCCUGGAGAUGCUGGAAGCCAAGGUGUGA